CUGGUCCAUGUCGGAACCUCCAUUCUUCAGUAAUGAACCUGGACCCUCAGACACAAAGAAGAGGAAGAGGAGUGAUGUCUCUGUGGAGGACCAGCUGUCCUGCUGUGCUGUGUACUUGGACCAGUCUGCUUCAUCAGGAGACUCCUCCUGUCCCCAGUGUGGACAAAGAUCCAGAACCAGAGCUGGACUGCAGCCAGCCGGUCAGACCAGCACUGUACAAACAGAUAGAGGUCUGCAGGAGGUUGUAGAUGAACAUAAGAUCAGUCUGAGGAGGAGAUGUGAAUGUGUGACUGAAGGAACUGAUGAAACAGGAAGUGGAACCCUCCUCAACAGGAUCUACACUGAGCUCUACAUCACAGAGGGACAGAGUGAAGAGGUUAAUACCCAACAUGAGGUGAGGCAGCUUGAGACAGCUUCCAAGAAGAAGACCCUCCAUGACGCUCCAAUCAAGUGCCAGGACAUCUUUAAAGCCUUACCUGACCAACAGGGACACAUCAGAGUCGUUCUGACGAACGGCGUCGCUGGCGUUGGAAAAACCUUCUCAGUGCAGAAGUUCACUCUGGACUGGGCAGAGGGCUUGGAGAACCAAGAUGUCAGUCUGGUGGUUCUGCUUUCGUUCAGGGAGCUGAACCUGAUCAGAGAUGAGCAGUACAGUCUUCUCAUGCUGCUCCAUGUUUUCCAUCCAACAUUACAGAAGGUCACAGCAGAGAAGCUCGCUGUCUGUAAAGUUCUGUUCAUCUUUGACGGCCUGGAUGAAAGCAGACUUUCACUGGAUUUCAAGAACAGUGAGGUUGUGUCUGAUGUCACCCAGAAGUCAUCAGUCAACGUGCUGUUGACAAACCUCAUCCAGGGGAAUCUGCUUCCCUCAGCUCUCGUCUGGAUAACUUCCCGACCUGCAGCAGCCAAUCAGAUCCCUCCUGCAUGUGUUGACAGGGUAACAGAAGUACGAGGCUUCACUGACGCCCAGAAGGAGGAGUACUUCAGGAGGAGAGUCAGUGAUGAAGAGCUGUCCAGCAGAAUCAUCUCACACAUCAAGACAUCCAGGAGCCUCCACAUCAUGUGUCUAAUCCCAGUCUUCUGCUGGAUCACUGCUACAGUUCUGGACCACAUGUUGACUACAGACCAGAGAGGAGAGCUGCCCAAGACCCUGACUGACAUGUACUCACACUUCCUGUUGGUUCAGACAAAGAGGAAGAAGCAGAAGUACGGUGAGGGACGUGAGACGAGUCCACAGGAGCUGACGGAGGCUGACGGGGAAGUUCUUCUGAAGCUGGGGAGGCUGGCGUUUGAACAUCUGGAGAAAGGAAACAUCAUGUUCUACCAAGAAGACCUGGAGCGGUGUGGUCUGGAUGUCACAGAGGCCUCGGUGUACUCAGGAGUUUGUACAGAGAUCUUCAAAAGAGAGUGUGUGAUCUUCCAGAAAACAGUCUACUGCUUUGUUCACCUGAGCAUUCAGGAGUUUCUGGCUGCAGUCUACAUGUUCCACUGUUACACAAACAGCAACACAGAGGUACUGAAGGACUUCCUAGGAAAAAUAUAUGUUCAUUCAACCCUGGAUGACUUCCUGAAGAGAGCCAUGGAGAAAUCCCUUGAAAGUAAAAAUGGCCACCUGGACCUGUUUGUUCGCUUCCUUCAUGGCCUCUCUCUGGAGUCCAACCAGAGACUCUUAGGAGGUCUGCUGGGUCAGACAGACAACAGUCCAGAAAUCAUCCAGAGAGCCAUCAACAACCUGAAGAAGAAGAGGACCAAAACCUCUCCUGACAGAAGCAUCAACAUCUUCCACUGUCUGACGGAGAUGAACGACCACUCGGUACAUCAGGACAUCCAAGAGUUCCUGAAGUCAGAGAACAGAUCAGAGAAGAGACUCUCAGAGAUCCACUGCUCAGCUCUGGCCUACAUGCUGCAGAUGUCAGAGGAGGUUCUGGAUGAGUUGGACCUGAAGAAGUACAACACAUCAGACGAGGGACGACGGAGACUGAUUCCAGCUGUGAGGAACUGCAGAAAAGCUGUAAUUUAUAACUGUGAACUCUCAGUUACUCACUGUGAAGUUGUGGCCUCAGCUCUGAAGUCCAACCCCUCCCAUCUGAGAGAGCUGGAGCUGAGUGACAACGACCUGGAGGACUCAGGAGUGAAACCGCUUUCUGCUGGACUGAAGAGUCCAAACUGUAGACUGGAGACUCUGAGAUUGAGGGGCUGCAGUUUGUCAGAGAUCAGCUGUGCUUCUCUGGCCUCAGCUCUGAAGUCCAACCCCUCCCAUCUGAGAGAGCUGGAUCUGAGUCACAACAACCUGCAGGAUUCAGGAGUGAAGGUCCUGUGUGGUUUUCUGGAGAGUCCACACUGUAGACUGGAGACUCUGAGAUUGAAGGGCUGCAGUUUGUCAGAGAUCAGCUGUGCUUCUCUGGCCUCAGCUCUGAAGUCCAACCCCUCCCAUCUGAGAGAGCUGGAUCUGAGCUACAACAAGCUGCAGGAUUCAGGAGUGAAGGUCCUGUGUGGUUUUCUGGAGAGUCCACACUGUAGACUGGAGACUCUGAGAUUGAGGGACUGCAGUUUGUCAGAGAUCAGCUGUGCUUCUCUGGCCUCAGCUCUGAAGUCCAACCCCUCCCAUCUGAGAGAGCUGGAUCUGAGAGACAACAAGCUGAAGGAAUCAGAUGUGAAGCUGCUGUCUGAUCUUGUGAAGAGUCCACACUGUAGACUGGAGACUCUGAGGUCAGUAGAGGGUCGGAGAUGCAAAAUGCUCCCAGAGGACAGCGUCCCAGCAGAUGACAGGCUGAAGUUGGUUCGAAGAAAGUUUGUAAACAGAAUGACUGAUCCUAAUCUGAACUUGCUUCUGGAUGAACUCCUUCACCAUGGUGUUAUAAACGAUGAGGAAAUGCAGUCAAUCAGAACAAAUUCCAGGGCAGAUACAGCACGAAAACUGAUCGACACGGCACGAAGAAAGGGAACUGAAGCCAGCUCAGUUCUGAUCGCUGCUCUCCGUAAGGUGGAUCCGGGGUUUUUCAGAUCUUAGGCUGAAACAAAAGCAAGAAGCUGUGGAGUGUGAUGAUGAAUCUCUAUAAUAUCUGGCUGUUUUAGAGACUCACAUCACUUAUUGUUGUCUUUAAAUGAUAGAUUCCGUCGUGGAAGCCUGUGUGGACUUUCACUCUGAAGGUGAUUCACUGAAGUUUGGGGGAAAAGUGAAUUCAUUUUCAAUCUCUUGUGGUUUGGUCUCAAGAUUUUAUAAUCAUUUACUUGUGAUAACUACUGAUGCGUUGUCGGUGAUGAAGACCUGCGAUAGAGAGCUUGUGACAUUUCUAUAUGUUUUGGGAACGCAUUCUUACUGCUAAUUUUUGGAAAUGAUUAAUUUAGUUUUAAUUAGGGCUGUCUAAGUUAACGUGAUAAUAACGUGCUAAUGCAAAUUUGUUUUAAUGCCACUAGUUUCUUGAACGCAACUUGUGAUUUUUAGGUUGUAGCGGC